GCAGGGUUACUCGGUAACAGCCGAAUGAACGUGUGGCUCGCCCCCCUCCCGUCUUCGAGCAUGCUUACGCGACUGGAAAUAAGUAACUUAUUUAUCACUGCAUUUACAACUAGAGUUCCUCUCACAAUAUUAUCCGCGUUCGAAGAUCUCCUUUUACUUUGUUUGUGUAAGAGGACGUUUCUUGAACGAGACACAACGCGACGCAGUCACAUCCGCUCACAACAUCCACCUUCCACCACCACUUCCCAUAAAUCCCCGCCCAACCCGCCUCCUAUCUCUCUCUCUCUCUCUCCCAAAAAAAAACAAAAUGGAGACGCCCAGCCAACCCACACUUUCCCGCAUCGCCCUCGGCGCGCUGGACGUCAACAAGCACCUUAAUUCCCCGCUUGGCAGUCCUAAGAAGUCGGUGGUUAGGAAACGGGAUUUUGUGUUUGGUGAUGGGGAUGCGGAGAUGGAGCCGGUGGCGAGGAGCUUGAAGGAGAAGUUAUUGGAAACUGCGGAGGUACAGGUGGAGGUGCUGAGGGAGACGCCGGUACGCGUUGUUGGGCCCAAGGAGGAGCCGAGGAGUGAGAAGAGGAAGGAGGCGCCUACGGAUGUGGAGGGGCGCGAGGAGGGGAGUGUUAAGGUUGCGAGAACAGACGGGGGGGAGAUGGGUGGGUUGGGUUUGGCAAGUGAGGUGGAGGGGGUGGACGCGGAGGGGGAUGAGGGGCUUGAGUCGACCCAAGCAACAUCCGUUCGCGCCAGGACACCAUCAGUGUCUCAAGAGGUGCCACUGGAGAGCUCAUACUCUACAGUCCUCACGUCCCCCGACACAGUCCCCAACUCCGCAAGGGAAUCACCCUCCCCAACCGCCCAAGCUAACACCACCGACUCCGAGCUCCGCGAGAACGCCACCGCCCUCCGCCUCCGCCUAAAAUUCGCAAUGUACAAGCUCAAAACAAACCAACACGACAUCCCCCUCUCGCGCCUCGAACUGCUCCCCGCCCUCCCAAGACGGAGUUCAGCACCAGCGCGUCCCACCACCGCCGUUGCCAACUCUCCCCCCAGGGCUGAUUCGGAGAUCGAGGAGCCCGGGUCCGCGACGCCCAGACCCCAGAAUAGGCAGUUGAUGCUGGAUGUGGAUGUGGAUGUGGAUGUGGAUGUGGAUGUUGAGGGGCUGUCGUCGCCGGAGAAGGUGGAGAUGCUGACGCCGCUGCCGAGGCAUAUGCAGGUGGAGGCGACGGGGGGCGAUGAGGAGUUGACUAGUAGCGGGGUGAAGGGAAGGGCGGCGGAUGGGUUGUUGAGUUUGAUGGGGGUGAGGGAGUAGGGGUUUCGCGUGCGUCGUGCUCUAGUGGCUUUUGGUCGUGACUGCCUGGGCUGGAUAGGGAGAGGACGGGUUAUACAGUACUGUGAUAGUUGCUCGGGGUCGUUUGGGUUAGGGCUGCAUAUAAGUCACGGCUGGCUUGCUGUGCGGGUUAGGGAGGAGGUGGGAAGGGAUGGUGUUUUUGGUGUAUUUUUUGAAGUUUAAAGGGGGGGUUGCAUAUAUGGGAUUAAAGGGGGAUCAGGUUGUGUACAAAGUAUGCCUUGGCCACUUAUAUAAGGGAGGGUAGACUUGCUCGGCUGAGCAGCACGGGUUGUAGUAGUACGUUGCUCGAAAUCAAAGAUCAGAAAUGAU